AUGGCACUGAUGACCACGGUGGACGGCGCCAUGGACGACGACACGGCGGUGCUGUGGCGGUACGAGCGACACCCUGGUCACCAGGACGACUCCGACAGCGACGGGGAAGGACAAGCGGCUCGACGUAUGGCCAGCGCUGCUGCUGCGGACCCCUCGGACGACGACGGAGGGGACGACAACAGCGACGGAGCCGACGGAGACGGCGACGACGAUAACGACGACGCCGACUCCGAAGGGCUCCCCAGUAGUAACGCCGGCAGCGACGAGAGCGACAGCAGCUCCAGUGGUGACGAGAGUAGUGGCGCAAGUGACGACGAGGGCUCGUUCAGCUCAGAGAGUGAUUCAGAUCGAGAACAGCGGCGACGUGAUCGACGCGGACGACGUGUACGACGAGGACGGCGCAACGAACGCGAACGACGCGAGCGGCAUGAACGACCGGCGUUACGAGAAGUGGUGGGCAAGAACAAGGUGAGCGAGAGAGUCCUGCUCGCCCUGUUCUAUAGAUGCUUGGACAAGACAACCAAGAAGCUGGUGCAACAGCCGCUGAAGCCGAAGAUGCUGGAGAGAGCCGUGGCAAAGGCAACCAAGAUCGACGACCCAAUGGAUAACGUCGCACAAGGAAUGCAAAACAUUGGACAGGCGUGGGCAACGGCACCGGGCCGGUACCUGAUCCCCAUGGCAGGGACGACAGGCCAGACGAUGGUAAUCCCUGGAAUUGGCGGCACAGGACUGCCGGCUGGCAUGGUAGGAGUGAGUCAGAUGACAACAACUGAUGUCGUGUGGUUCAUUAAAUUGUUUAGACCCAACUUGUACGGUCGUAAGUUCACGAUCGUGAGUGAUUAUGCAGCGUUGAAGUGGUUGAUGUCCAGCCCGAACUUGACUGGAAAGUUGCACCGGUGGGCGUUGGCACUUCAGGAGUUCGAGUUUGGUGUGGAGUACGGACCGGGCAGUACUAAUGUGGUUGCAGAUGCUCUGUCAAGAGCACCGGUGAAAAUGGCGUCAGCAGUUGGUAGACGACGGCGUGCCAAGCAGCGCGCUGCGGCCGACAAGACGGCUUCUGCUAUAAACGACGUCGUCGGUGUGAUGAACGAGAUGAGCGUGGCGAGUGAAGCAAGUGUUGCACCGGACGGCAGCACGUCUGUCGCCGCGAGCGUGUCGAGCGCGGCAGCAAAGGAUGCGAGUGACCCUCUGGGCACUGAGGAUGGUAGCGUGGUGAGUGCAACUCCAGACGAGCGGCCAAGCGGAGCACCAGACGACGGGCAGGCCUUAUCGAGGCACGAACCUCACGGUGAGCCAGCGGUGGCAGAGACGACUGGUGAGGACUCGGUGGGCGCGCAGUUGGCAACGACGGAGAUUGCGAGUGAUAACCUCGAUACGACGGAGGCAACUGGAGCUACGGGUCCGCUGACUCGAGCCGCACGACGACGUCUGGAAGCGACGCGGGCGACGGAGACAACGCUUCGAGCGGCGAGCAGUGGAGCAACGAUCGAGAGCAACGAUGGAGCAAACGGCGAGCCGGAUGUGCCGGUAUGGACCCAGAAAGCGAGUGGUGCUGGGCUUGGUGACGACGGUGACGGCGUCGACAACCCGAAGAGCGUGACGAGCGACCUAAACAACGACACGUACGGUUCGGCGUGCCAACUUGAUGCCCCUAACAUGCCUUACAACACGUACUUGACGCUGGUGAAGAAGCGCGGCACGUUCAUCAUGGUGGGCAUCCCCAAUGACGACGCGAAAAUCAGUCCGAUGUUAGUGGUGGCCAAGGGCAUCACGUGG